CACGACGCGCCCUCGCUUUGACGUGGUGCGGCCUUUAUCUCAGCAGGUUCAUGUGGACAGUAUGCACAUCCAUCAACGCAGCGACCGAGCGCUAGAAAUAGGCUGAGGCGACUGGCACGACCGUUCCGUGUCCGUUUUCCCCGAUAGCGCACUCUCGAACUGCUGGCCAUGUUGCUGCGCCGUAUCGCUCCUCUAUUCGGCCUCUUCGCCGCCGCUUCAGCAUGGAACACGGACGUGCACAACCAGAUUGGCUUCAUGGCCGAAAAGCUGAUAAGCCACCACACGACCUCGGUCUUGCAGGAGAUUCUGGAGCCCAUGUACAAUGGUUCCAUAGGACAGGCUGCUGCAUGGGCGGAUAGCUUUGCCCACACUCCGGAAGGAGCGUUCAGCUUCCAGUGGCACUGGAUCGACAGCUCGGACAACCCGCCCGGUGUUUGCAACGUCUUCUACAACCGCGACUGCACGGCCGGCGGGUGCGUCGUCCGCGCCAUCGCGAACCAGACCGAGAUCCUCGCGGGUUGCGUGGAUCAGGUGAAAGCCGGCAAGCUCAAGGGCGGCACAAACAUCACCUGCUCCGAGGCGCUGAAGUGGGUCGUGCACUUCCUCGGGGACGUCGCGCAGCCGCUGCACGCGAGCGGAAUCGCGGUCGGCGGUAACGACUUUGACGUGACCUUCGGCGGGGCGAAGACGGAGCUUCACGCGGUCUGGGACGGAAAGAUCCUCUACUCGCUCGCGAACGUGACCCGGUUCUCCAACACGUCCAUCUCGCCCUUCUUCACCUCGCUCCUCUCGCGCAUCAAGGCCGACACGCUGUUCGUCCCCGUCUCCUCGAUGCUGUCCUGCACGGACCCGUCCACCUCUCUCGGCUGCGCCCUCGAAUGGGCGCGCGAGUCCAACGCCUGGACGUGCGACUUCGUGUACUCGCAGAUCUAUAACAACACGGAUCUGCUCACGAGCGGGUACGCGCGUGGUGCUUACCCCAUCGUCGAGGUGCAGGUCUCGAGGGCGGCCGUCCGGCUUGGAAAGUGGCUGGACCUGGUCGUGGCCGGGCACUACAAAAAGGACAGGGAGGUCGUGCUCGUCGAGAACCCGUCCUGGGUGCUGGGCCCUGAUGCUGGCAUCUAAAAAAUUGUCGCUGGUCACUUGUUCCGGCGUUGCGCCUUGUCCGCCCUAGUAGCAUAGAACCACGGACACACUAAUACAUCGACUGAACUAAUCCU